AAUAACAACACUAGUCACCAACUCAUUAUAACUCUUCUUCAUCAAUUUUUGUUUUCUCUCUCUAGAAGUCACCAUAUCCACCCAAAGGUUUUAACUUUUGAAUGUGACUCAGUACAGAGAGAGGGAGAGAGAAAGAGAAACAGAGAGAGAGAGCUUGAGGAAGGGUUUAAGCAGAUCUGCAAGAAACACUCUCAGACAGUGUUUUCCAUCUUUUCCGCUGUAGAAUCAAACCGGCGGCGACAGUGACGGCGGCGAAAAGCGGCGGUGUUGGCCGCGAAAACGAUGCAAAACCAGCUAUGGUCAUUACCGCUAACGAUUUAUCAAAAUGGGAAAAUUUUCCUAAAGGACUUAAGGUUCUUCUUCUCCUCAACGGCGACGACGACGGUGGAGAUGGCUUCUCCGCUGCCGAGACUCGAUCAAUGCUCGAGUCAGCGGACUAUAUCGUUACUACAUUCACAGAUGAAACCGAAGCUCUCUCUGCGCUUUUCAAGAACCCGGAGAGCUUCCACAUUGCCUUGGCGGAGGUGAAUACGAAUGCUGAGAAAGAAGGAUUCAAGUUUCUUGAGGCUGCCAAAGACAUUCUUCCUACUAUAAUGAUUUCAACUGAUCAUUGCAUCGCUACUACGAUGAAAUGCAUAGCGCUUGGUGCAGUUGAGUUCCUUCAAAAACCACUCACACCGGAGAAACUAAAGAACAUUUGGCAGCAUGUUGUUCAUAAGGCAUUCAAUGAUGGUGGGAGUAAUGUUUCCGGAUCACUUAAGCCCGUGAAAGAAUCUGUUGUCUCGAUGCUUCAUCUUGAUACCGACAUGACAAUUGAUGAGAAAGAUCCAGCGCCAUCAACCCCGCAAUUGACACAAGUUUCGCGGUUACUAGACGGGAAUUGCCAAGAGAACAUAAACUGCUCUAUGGAAAAUGUAAAUUCCUCAACCGAGAAGGAUAACAUGGAAGAUCAAGACAUUGGUGAAUCUAAAUUAGUCGACACUACAAACCCCGAAUCAGAAGAUGACAAAGUGGUUGUCAAAGAAGAGAGAGGAGACAGCGAAAAAGAGGAAGAAGGUGAAACCGGAGAUCUUGAAAGUGAGAAGACAGAUUCGGUCAAUUGUCAUAAGAAAGAGGAUGAGGCUAAACCUGUCAACAAAUCGUCCGGAAUCAAGAACUUGUCUGGUAACAACAAAACUAGUCGAAAGAAGGUGGAUUGGACACCAGAGCUGCACAAGAAGUUCGUGCAAGCAGUUGAGCAACUAGGGAUUGAUCAAGCCAUACCUUCACGGAUUCUUGAGUUAAUGAAAGUAAGCAACUUAACAAGACACAACGUAGCUAGUCACCUCCAGAAGUUUCGGAUACAUAGGAGAAAUAUUCUUCCAAAGGAGGAUCAUAACCAAAGAUGGGCACAAUCUAGAGAGAACCAGAGACCAAUUCAACGAAACAACAACGGGUUUCAGCAACAUCAACGUCCCGUGAUGGCUUACCCCGUUUGGGGUCUUCCCAGUAUGCAUCCGCCGCCAGGAGCCAUUCCACCUUUGUGGCCUCCACCGCUGCAUUGCGCUGGUCAACCACCUCCGUGGCAUUGGAAACCACCUUAUCCAACGGUGAACGGUAAUGCAUGGGGUUGUCCGGUUGGACCGCCCGUGAACGGAUCAUAUUAUACUCCUCCGAAUAUUACCGCCGGCGGAUUCCAAUAUACUAACGGAGUUGAAACCGCCUUCAAACUAAUGCCGGCGACUCAGCCGGACGAGGAAAUGUUAGAUCAAGUGGUAAAGGAAGUCGUCAGCAAACCGUGGCUGCCGCUACCGCUGGGGCUGAAACCGCCGUCAGCUGAGAGCGUUUUGACAGAGCUAUCGCGUCAAGGCAUCCCAGCCGUCCCUGCUUCCUCCUCCUCAUCAUGUCUUCUAACCAAUGGCUCUCACCGUCUCCGCUGACGUGUCCAUAAAACAGGACCCCGCAGGUAUGAUGACGUCAUGCGUGGCGUCCUUGUCCGUGUCUGACGACUGUCCGAAACUGCUGAUUAGGAAAGGAUCCUGUUGAAGAGUUUGGUUUUUAAUUGUUCUUUAUUUUUUUUGGUUGUCGUCAUUCAAAAAAAAUAAGAAAUUGUUUAAGAAUAUUAAUAAAUAAUAUUAUCUAAGAAAAAGGAGAAAAGAUCGGACGGUGGAGAUGUGGGCGACGACGUUGGUUCGAAGACCACACGUGGAAUCUGCGGAUGUAAAUAGAUCUCGAACACGGGACUUUGACAAGUCAGGUUCUGACUUAUGUGUGUCUCACUGUGAUGUGUAUUAAUCUUUUUUUUUGUGGGUUGUCGAGUUCUCUCUCUCUCUCGGGGCCACUAGAGAGAAUUUAAUAGUUGAUACUGUUUCUAGGUGACUGAUGAGAUAUGAUCACGAUUCACGUGUAAUGUAACUUGGAGUCUUAGACGUUAUGUUGUUCGGCGGAACUCAACUAGAAACUAACUAUUUUUUUAGA